AUGACCACGUCAACAAUCGAUGAUAUAGAUAUUGAUACAGACGAUACUUUUGGUAAUGCGACUGCCACUGCUAUCACCAACAAUAGUAAUGUACAAAAGGAUAGUACUGUUAGUAAAGUAGACUCUACUGCUGCUGCUACUACUACUGCUACUACUAAUGGUGAACAGUGUAAUGGGAACCACAAGGAUGAUGAAACCACCAUAACAACAACAACAACAAUGGUCCAAAAAGAGGUUGUUACAACCACAAAAUCAUCAGCUUCCAUUCAAAUUGAACAAAACAUUUGUAGUACUAGACAAACACUUCACAGUUAUCAUCCUAUCGAUGAAAGCAUAGCAAAUAACAUUCAUCUAAAUAUGCCAAUGAUGCCUUCAAUGGAAGUAACUAAAGAACAACAACAACAACAACAACAACAACAACAACAACAACAACAACAACAACAAAAAUCAAACAUUGAAAUAACAAGUACAACAACAAAGAAGAAAAACAAAGGCUCAUCUACAAGUUUGAGUGCUCCAAACAGUCCAGUAAGAAAAGGAUUAUCACCAAAUCUAUUUGGAAGUAGUCCCAAUCUAUCUGAACUGUCAUUACAACAAUCAUCUUCUCCCACGACUGAUGAAUCCUCAAAGUUACUCAUUGAACAAAAAGAAAAGGAAAAGGAAACUAGUACCAGUUGGUUUGGUUCAUUUAAGAAUUCAAUCUCUAGUUUUAAUACAAAAGUUAAACAACUAUUUAUUUCUUCUGAAACGGAAGAAGCAUUUGAUCAUAUAAAUGCAUUAUUUACAGAAUUCUUUAAAGAUGUUAAAUACUCUAAAAUGGAUUUAUUCAUGGGUUUAUUAUUAUUGGAUAGUUAUUAUAAAAAUGCACAUGUUGUUAGUGAUGAAAAAGUAGAGGAUAAAGAUUUCAUUAGAACGGCAGCACAUUAUAUGAAGUUUGCCAAUGCAAGUUUUGGAUCAAAAUAUGUAUACUCUUAUAAAUAUACAACUGGAGCAACUGGAUUUAUAAAGGGUGUUGCUGGUACUGAUAGUCUCAACUUAAAGUCAUUGUGUGAUUAUACAGGCGUUAAAAGAGAGGAUAUCAUAAGUUAUCGAUUCACUAGCACCAACUUUGAUCCCGGACACUAUAUUGCAAUCGACCAUAAUCACGAAUCGAUUGUAUUCUCUAUUCGUGGUACAUUCCAUCCACGUGACGUACUCACUGAUUUGGUUGCUACCAAUGCACCGUUUUUAGAUGGAUUUGCUCAUACUGGUAUCUUGAGAUCUGCUCAAAACAAGUUAAAUGAGUUGGGAUCUCUCAUUGCAGAGACCUCUGAAAAACAUCCAACCUAUAAAGUCAUUGUAGUUGGUCAUAGUCUUGGUGGUGGUACUGCUUGUUUAUUUACUUUACUUUUUAAUGAAGCAUAUCCAAAAGUACCAAUACAUUGUUAUGCAUUUGCACCACCAUGUGUAACUUCAUUAGAGAUUGCAUUGUCGAGAAAAGCCAAGGAUUUGAUUACAACGUUUAUUCUCAACAAUGAUAUUAUUCCACGUCUUAGUUAUCAGUCACUGGAUCAUUUGAAAGCACUCAUUCACACCAUGUUGGACAACAACACCAAUUUCGUACAGAGAUCAUUCCAUAUAUUGACGGCUGGCAAUAAUCUUGGCGACGAGCUGACCAACAAGAUUGCCGGUUAUCUAAAGGUGAGUCGAGAGGUUAAAGUAGACUAUUCAAACCGUCCAACCAUUUCCACCACCACCAUGUUGCCACCAGGCUCCAUCUACCGAAUGUACAAACUAUCGACGAUGCACAAAGACUAUAUCAUGGAACUAUCCAACCCUUCAUUGUUUAACGAGAUUAUCAUCUCUGGAACAAUCCUUUCCGAUCAUCUCCCAGACAACUAUGAAAUGGCAUUCAAUUCAUGUAUAAAAACUCUCAACGAUAUCACUCCAAACUCUGUCGUUGAAGUAUUAAAUGAUUUUGUUCAAAUUGAUGAUUAUACAGAUACUGUAGACACCAACAAUAAUAAUAAUAAUAGUAAUGACGCAACUACAACCACUAUAACUACAACUACUACAAAGACUAUAAUAACUGAAUCAAAGGAUGAAGAUGGUGCAAGUAAAGAGAAUGAAAUAGAAGGAGGAGAACAACAACAACAAGGGGAACAAGAAGACAAGAAUAAUAAUCUUGUUGUAAGCAGAGAAACUGAUAUUGUUCAAGAGAUUACAACAAGAGUUCUUUUUUAA